AUGGCUUCAACACUGUUACUGGUUGUGGUUUUUGUGAUUGAUGUAAUAGCUUUUGCACUUGCUGUUGCUGCUGAGAAGAAAAGGGGCACUCUGACAAUAACUAAGGGCGGACGUGAUGGGGCAACUAAUUGUCUGUAUUUAUCAGAUACUGGAACUGGCUUUCGUGUGGGUUCGUUCUUAUUCCUUUCGGCUAGUCAGCUCCUUAUAAUGGUGGCUAGUCGAUGUUUAUGCUGUGGGAAGGCACUACAAAAAGGAAAAUCAAGAAAAUGGGCUAUUAUCUUAUUUAUAAUCUGCUG